GCACCGCUACCUUCUCUUACUACUACGACCAAGCCAACCUACGGUCACGUUUCUACUACUAUCUCUCUCUCUCCUUCCUUCUCUCUAUCUAGCGCGACGUCUGAGCUCUGCUGCCCCGUUCUACAGUUCAUUUGGUUCCCGUGUAACAGACAGACAUGUUGGUGAUUUUAACCUUCAUCCUCCUCUUCCACGUCAUCUCAGUCAUCAUCCUCUUCAUCAGCACCAUCAACAAUGCAUGGUGGGUGGCGUCUGCUCCAGGAGGCAACGUGAUAUACACUGACCUGUGGUACUCCUGUAACGUAACAUGUCUCCCUGUCAAGAACAGCGCUUCCACUGACGCAGUCUAUCUACAGGCUGUCCAGGCCACUAUGAUCCUGUCCACAAUUCUCUGCUGCGUGGGUUUCUUUGUGUUCGUCCUUCAGCUCUUCAGACUGAAACAAGGAGAGAGAUUUGUCUUUACAGCCAUCAUCCAGCUACUGGCUAGCCUGUGUGUGAUGAUCGGAGUGUCCAUCUACACGGCAGAGAGGCAGGGUUUUACGGAGGAGUCUCUAAGGAAGGGAGGAUAUGGUUCAUCCUACAUCCUGGCCUGGAUCAGUUUCCCCAUGACUGUCAUCAGUGGACUCAUGUAUCUGGUGCUGAGGAAACGCAAAUAAAAACACUCGUAAUCUCUACAAAGACACGAAACACAAUGGAAACGUCAACUAAAACAACCUUUACCUGUAAGGAGAGAAGUGUUCAUUAUUUUGUAACAGUCUAUUAGCUAACAUGUUGUUAUGAGACUGUGACAUAUCAGCCUGUUUUCUUUGGGGGAAUGGAGUUUCCAUGGUGACGUCAAUGCGGUGGAUUUUAUUGUUGUUAAGAGCUGCUGUUUUAAAAGACGUUUUUCUCCACACUGUGUGGCUGGAAUGAGACUGUGACGUAUCAGCCUGUUUUUUUUUGGGGGGGGGGUUUCCAUGGUGACAUCAAUGCGGUAAAUUUUAAAUAAAUAAUGGACCAAUAAAUGGUGUAUAGUUGAAUUACAUGAUGAACGAUGGUUAAGACUGAGCAGGACAACACUGUGUUCAGUUCUACUAGAGUAAACCUAGUGUAGAAGGUGGAAUAUGGAGGAUUGUCUGCCGGCCUGUCCAUCUACCUGUCCCUCUGCCUCCCUCCCUGUCCGUCUGCCUCCCUCCCUCCCUGCCCAUCUGCCCAUCUGUCCAUCUAUCCGUCUGCCGGCCUGUCCGUCUACCUGUCCCUCUGCCUCCCUCCCUGUCCGUCUGCCUCCCUCCCUCCCUGCCCAUCUGUCCGUCUGCCUCCUUCCCUCCCUGUCCGUCUGCCUCCCUCCCUCCCUGUCCGUCUGCCUCCCUCCCUCCCUGCCCAUCUGCCUCUGCCUCCCUCCCUCCCUGUCCGUCUGCCUCCCUCCCUCCCUGUCCGUCUGCCUCCCUCCCUCCCUGUCCGUCUGCCUCCCUCCCUCCCUGUCCGUCUGCCUGGCCCUCUGCCCUCCUCCCUGUCCGUCUGCCUCCCUCCCUCCCUGUCCGUCUGCCUCCCUCCCUCCCUGUCCCUCUGCCUCCCUCCCUCCCUGCCCAUCUGCCUCCCUCCCUCCCUGCCCAUCUGUCCAUCUAUCCGUCUGCCGGCCUGUCCGUCAACCUGUCCCUCUGCCUCCCUCCCUCCCUGCCCAUCUGCCUCCCUCCCUCCCUGUCCCUCUGCCUGCCUCCCUCCCUCCCUGUCCCUCUGCCUGCCUCCCUCCCUCCCUGUCCGUCUGCCUCCCUCCCUCCCCUGCCCUCUGCCUCCCUCCCUCCCUGCCCAUCUGCCUCCCUCCCUGCCCAUCUGCCUCCCUCCCUCCCUGUCCGUCUGCCUCCCUCCCUCCCUGCCCUCUGCCUCCCUCCCUCCCUGCCCAUCUGCCUCCCUCCCUCCCUGCCCAUCUGUCCAUCUAUCCGUCUGCCGGCCUGUCCGUCUGCCUGUCCCUCUGCCUCCCUCCCUGUCCGUCUGCCUCCCUCCCUCCCUGUCCGUCUGCCUCCCUCCCUGUCCCUCUGCCUCCCUCCCUCCCUGCCCUCUGCCUCCCUCCCUCCCCUGCCCAUCUGCCUCCCUCCCUCCCUGUCCGUCUGCCUCCCUCCCUCCCUGCCCAUCUGUCCAUCUAUCCGUCUGCCGGCCUGUCCGUCUGCCUGUCCCUCUGCCUCCCUCCCUGCCGGCCUGUCCGUCUGCCUCCCUCCCUGCCGGCCUGUCCGCCUCCCUCCCUCCCUCCCUCCCUGUCUCCCUCCCUCCCUGUCGGCCUGUCUCCCUCCCUGUCUCCCUCCCUCCCUCCCUCCCUGCCGGCCUCCCUCCCUCCCUCCCUGCCGGCCUGCCUCCCUGCCGGCCUGUCUCCCUCCCUGCCGGCCUGCCUGCCUGCCUGUCUCCCUCCCUCCCUGCCCACCUGUCCCUCUGCCUCCCUCCCUACCUACCUACCGGCCUCCCUCCCUCCCUCCCUCCCUGCCUGUCCGUCUGUCUGCUUGCUGGUCUAUCUGAUGAAAGAUGCUGAGGUUAAUAUCGAGGACAUUAAAGAAUAGGGGAAUAAGGAUGAUCCACUAUCUAACUGGAAUAAAAACAGAAUGGAACCCUCUAGAA